AUGGCACCCGCGGAGGCAAACACAGCCGCAGCCGCGCCGGCGCUGCCGGACGACGUCCUAGUGGAGAUCCUCCUCCACCUGCCGGCCAAGUCCGUCUUCCGAUUCCGCACCGUCUGCAAGUCCUGGCGUCAUCUCCUCUCCGACCCCGUUUUCAUCCGCGAGCACCACCGGCGUGCACCCGUCGCCCUUCUCCUUAACGACACCUGCAUCGACAACGGUGAUGCCGUCUCCGCGCUGCCGUUCCCCUACGGCGAGCAAUCGACGGCGGCCCCCCUCUACUGUGGCAUCAGUUCACAACAAACGAACCUCGAGGGGUGUUGCGACGGCUUACUACUCCUCUCGUGCAGCGUCUUGCAGCCCGAGGAGCUCGACGCCAACGGAAACGAGUACCGCUACUUCGUAUGCAACCCCGCGACGCGGGAGUUCGCCAGACUGCCUGCCGACCUCGGCCAGGUAGAAUUUGUGGGCUUCUACCGGCACGUGCCCACGGCCGAGUACCGCGUCCUCUGCCACAAAUACCACUCGUCCAUACAGCAUCCGUACAAGAUUUACGAGUAUCUCGUGGCGGCGCCGGGCGAUCCCACGGCCAGGCAGAUCGGGUUCUCCAAUCUGUGGACGGACGAUGACUUGCCGUUGAUCGGCAAACCGGUGACCCACCGCAGCUGUCUGCAUUGGAUGCUAUGGCGUGCCAGCCUAGGUGUGGUCGUGUUCGACACAAUUUCGGAGGAGUUCCGCCUUAUGCGCGGCCCGGUUGGCGGUGACACUAGCAUGGAUGACCCAUUCGACGGCCAGCUCGUGGGAGUGGACGGGACACUGGGCGUGACACUGUUCGCCGAAUCCGAGGAGGCACUCAAGGUUUGGGUGCUCGUUAACUACGAGAAGGAGUCGUGGGCAUUUCGGUACAACAUCGACAUUAGCUUCUUGGAUCGAACCUGUGGAGGAGGCUUGGGAUUUUACUCCGUGUCUCUCGUCCACGUGAGCGACGAGGGGGACGCUGUACUCAUCACCAUGGCACGGAAACUUGUCGCUGUCUACAAUCUAAGGAGGUGCGAGGUGGUCACGAGCGCCAUGCGGCUGGAGCCGUUCCACGGCCAUCUCCUUGCGACCGACCAUGUCUACCAGGAGAACCUCGUGUCACCGGCUCCAAAAGGCGUUGGUGAUCCUAGUCCACCAUAUUCUUCUUCGGCCUGA